GAUUCAUAAUAUGAUUUAUUGAUGAGUGAGGAACUUGUAUAGUAAUAUUAGUAAACCAAGAACCUGAAGAGAAUUUUCAACAAAAAUCGAGAUUGGAAAAAAUAUCUGCAAAGAUGACAAGCAGAGAUCCUUUACUAAAGAGUGAUGAAGAGGAGGAUUUGCUCUUUGAACAGAAUGGACAUCUUGCUAAAAGACAUUCCACGAAACCUGAUGUUAUUUUAGUAGGACACUCUCGUGGAAUUAAAUUGCAGGUGGCAAGGACAAUCAAUCUAUGUUUGUCCUUUUUUGGAUUGGGACUGUGUUUUGCCAUCCCUACUGCCACGUUAGAAGAUUUGAGAAGAUCUGUCCAGUCUGACAAAGAUAGCAUAGAAUACAUUUAUACAGCUAGAUAUGGAGGCUACUUGGUUGGUUCAAUUGCAGGAGGGAUCUUGUUUGACAGAUACAACAGGCAGUUUCUACUCUUCCUGAGUUUGCUUGCUACUGCUGUUGGUAUUGUUGUAAUGCCUUUCUGUGCCAAACUAGCAGCACUAAUGACAUGCACAGCAAUUACUGGAAUUACCAUGGGAUUUCUGGAUACUGGUGGAAAUGUGUGGUGUCUUGACUUAUGGGGCAAGAAAAGUGCUCCUAUCAUGCAAGCCCUUCAUUUCUGUUUUGGUCUAGGAGCAUUUAUUGCCCCUCUAGUUGCAGAACCUUUCCUGUCUCCCCAUGUUACUCAUUCAGCAGUAUCAGUAUCAGAAAAUGGUUCUAACAUCACUAAUAGCAGACUAAACAUGGCUUCAUUAAAUUUUGCUCAUGGUCCAGUAUCAGGAAGGAAUAAUGUGCGUCAUUUAUUGGGUAUAUCUCUUGGUGAACAAGUAGAGCUUCGUGCACCUGUUUUUCGAAUACAGCCAGAUCAAAAUUACACAGACUUGAGCGCAUUUCAUAAUUUAAUAAGGAUAAAGAAUCUCGUAUCUCCAUAUAAUCAGAAUCUGGGAAGUCCAUUCAUUACUCAAAAAAAACCUGAAAUUUACUCUCUGCAAAAAAGAGAUACUGAUGUAAAUGCAACCUCAAUGAAACAUAAUAGUACAACAAAAGUUAAUGGUUUGAAUGAAUCUAUAACUAUUGAAAGAAAUGGUGAACAGUUUAAUAUUAAAGAUUAUGAGGAUAGUGCAAUCAGUAAUGUUUCAAAGACAAAAGAUAGUGAAAUAUCAAACAAUACUUUCAAAGAAAACAAUGAAACAAUACUUUUGAGCUCUGGAAAAGAAGAAACUGUUACAACUUCAUCACAGAGUUUACACAAACCCAAACCAUCUGUAACUGGUGCUAAGGUUCCUGUUGAUGAAAGUCCAUGGAAUAGAAAACGUUUGAAAUCACCUAAUUUUCCUGAAAAGUCUAUGAGUAAUGAAAAAAGAACUGAAGAUGUUUUAAAUGGUGAAGCAAAUAACGCUACAGAAUUCAGUGAAGCUAUUCAUGCAACUGAUGUAACUAUAGUUAAUGAAACUGAAAAUAAAGUAAUGCGACCACGUGAUGAAGAAAGUGGUAGUGAAAAUGAUAGAACAAUAAUCGUUGGUUCAAGUGCAGAGUCACUUUAUCAAGAGUUGACCACGACUAUUCCCUCUUCCAUAAGUAAGGCAUCUGAUUUACAACUUACAUUAGAGAAUGUUACACACUUCCCUGAUCUAGUUAAAGCCACAUCAGAAGAAUCUGAAGGAACUUCUUUUCCAAUUGAAAAAGAAAAUAUCAAACAUUAUAUAAACAAACUACAAAAAGCAUCAGGAAAUAUCACUAAUCCAGAUACAGGGCAUGAUCAAAUUUCAGCCAUAACUACAAAACCUCCAAAAAAUGACUUCAAUUCUAAUAAGUAUAAACUUACCAAUGUGUCUUCAGAAGAAGUGACAGGUGAGGAUACAUCUUUGAUUAGAGAUGUGCUUGAUGUAGGUUCAACUGUAAAGCAGCUUCAAACUAUGAACAAAAGUGGCAGUAUGGAGAAUUUGUUACCUCAAACUCCAAAAAAUGAUGUUUUGGCAGAAUCAUUAGAAACAUCGAGUAUUUCUAAAACAUUGAACUCAGAAGUUGAGCGUACCUCAACUGGGUCAGUUGUUUCAGAAACUUCAAUGGAAACAACCAAAGACAAAGUUGAUGUUACUCUGCCAGCAGCAUUAGAAGUUGAGCAUACCUCAGCUGGGUCAGUUGUUUCAGAAACUUCAAGAGAAAAAACCAAAGAAAAAUUUAGUGUUGGAUUAUCACCAGUAUUAGACGAUGGAAUUUCCUCACCAGAAUUGGGUAGUUCAGAAGGCCAAAAAUCAAAUAUGGAAAACACGUCCAAUUCAGUUCUUGUUUAUAAUACUAGCAACACCAAAGAUGAACACAAAGGAGACAUAAUUAGUUACUUAUUCAAGUUAAUGCAUAAAAACCGGUUGGGAAAGUUUGAAUUUGCUUAUGCAAUCUUAAGCAUUUAUGUAUUGAUUGUGGCAGUUGUUUUUCUCGUCUUUUUGUGUCUGAAUCCCCGAGAACCUCGCUCUAGACAAGAAGAAGAGUUAGAUAAAUCUCAUCAUGUGAGUAAAGUAUUUAUUAUUUCAGUUGUUGGUCUUCUGUCUGUCUUCUUAUGCUUGUAUGUUGGUAUUCAGGUGGCAGUAGGACAGCUACUUCAGAGAUUUGCCAUUAAGGAAGAACUACAGCUUUCUAAGUACCGUGGAUCAUUUCUAACUUAUCUGUACUGGGGAAGCUUUGCUCUUGCAAGAGGUGUCUCAAUCGGUAUUGCUGCAAGAGUAAAAACUUUACACAUGCUGUUUGGAGACUUAAUUGUGUGUUUAGUGGCCUCUGUUCUUCUAGUUGCUGGAGCAAACAAGUUGGAAGCAUUACUAUGGGUGGGGAUAGUGGUUCUUGGGCUUGGUAUGGCUUCUGUUCUACCAGCAGCUAUCUCUUGGGUAGAACGAUAUAUCCACGUAACUAACAAGAUGGCAGCAACCUUUAUCCUUGGAGCAGCUUUAGGAGAGAUGGUAAUUCCCUUGGGGAUUAACAGGUUCAUCUCGGAAGAGCCGAUGGUACUCAUGUAUGUAAAUGUGGUUGUCAUUGGUCUUUGUUUCCUCACUUUCCUCAUUUUGUGGUUCUUAGCAUCACGUGCAGGAGAGAAGUACAGAUGCAUUCCUUCAAAAAUUGGAUAUCAAUUAGCUAGUGCAGAGGAAGCAGAUGAUACAAUGGAAAUGUCACCCACAAAUUCACACUGGCAAAACAGCUAUAACUCUCGUAUUCUUUUCAAAAGAAACAAAGGUUUCAUGACAUUGCCAAAAUAUGAAUCUUUUUAAACCAUGCAUGUCAGCACUAGAACAAAAUAUUGUAAGCUUUUUUUUUCACCUAUUUAAUGGCCAAAUAAUUUAUAUAACAGAAUAUUGUUUUGUGUAAUUGUUACCAUCUGUAUGUUUUUUAUUUUGUUUUGCUUAGUUUUAAAUAUUUAUAGCAACUGUCAGUUUUUAUAUUUUAGAAGUUGACAAAGCAGCGAACCUUAUGACCAUUAUAUAUGCUGUAAUUUUUCUUAAUGAGUAACAAGUUUUAAACAAAUAAAUUGUUAUGAGUUGCUAAUUAAGUAAAUACAGUAAUUUGAGUACACUUACUUGCUGUUAAAUUUUCUGCUGUUUAAUUUACAAGGCAAAUAUUAAUGUGCAUGAUAACAAAUUUUGUAUUAAAUCAUAAUUUACUAUAAAACAUGGAAAAAAAUUUGAAUAAGCUAUAUAAAGUAUAAUUAAAGAAUUUGUGGUUUAAUUUUUUCCAAUACUUAUCGUAGGGAAAUUCAAACAUUAAUUGGUAGCUUCUAGUCUUUGAAAGUGUUUGUAAGUAAUGCAUGAAAAAGAUACAUAGAUUCUCACAUUGGUCAGUUAAAGGUGUUCAACAUGGAUUUAUUAAUGUUUUUUUCCUUGCUAUAACUAAUAUUUAGGUGUUUUAGAAACGUCAGUGUAAUUUUCAAACAAUCAUAUCUCAGUGUUUUGGUUAUAAUACAAUAGUAUUUUAUUUAUAAAUCAUCCUGAAAAAGAAAUGUAUUUCUUUUAAAUACAUAAUUAUUUGUAAGUUUACAGUUUUUAUUGUGUAUUCAUUAAGUGAUCUGUGAAGUAAGUUAUUUUCAAACUUGUACCUGUGGCAUUGUGAUUGACUAAUAUAGAAUACAUUUCAUGUUACUUCCAUGUGACUUUCAUAUUUCCACUAUCCUUGUAUUGUAAAAAAUGUAUGUAAAACACAGUAGCUUUGAAUUGUACAAAUAGAGUUGAAAAUAACAAAAUUGGUUAUAUUGUUCACAUAUGGUUGUUCAAAUGUUCUUACUUGUAGAAGUAGAUAAGAAUUGUGACCUAUUUUCAAUGAACUGUAUGUUUUAGCUUGGAUGGAUACUUAAAAAUGUGAAACAUUAGUUAGUUUUAUAUAUACAUUAUGUAUUAAAAAAAUGUACAUCUAAUUGAUUGUGUUCUAUUUUAGGCCAGGAAUUGUGGUGUAUAAAUGUUCUAAGAUAUCUGAAGUGUUCUAAGUUACAUUAUCUGGUUAUAAAAAGACUAAAUUUUUAUAACAAGAAUGUCAACAAAUUUACAGCUCUUUUCUCAUUUUAUAUUCCAGAUACUAGUAAAAUAUUGUAAAAUACAAAAUGUACUAAAUUAAUAAAGAAAGUUUUGUGUGAUAUCUUUAAGUAAAAUGACUUUCAUAAACCUGUUUCCAAACUUUUAUCUCUAGGUAGUUUUGAAUGUAUUAUAUCAAAAUACUAGGUGUUUCAAAAGUCACUAAUGCUGUUCAUUUUAUCAUGCCUAGGAAACCGUUGGAUACAAUGUUGUGUAAGACAGUAUACACAGUUGUGUUAUGAUGAUAUCAAGGUCACAAUAAAUUGUACUAUGGAUAUAAAAUUCAUCAUCCAAAAUUAUAUUCAAGUAGGACAAGUGUGCAAAUGUGUACAUGGUUCUUGGGCUGUAUGCUGAAUUUCACAACGUUGUGUGCAUUGGUUUCUUGGAUACAGUUGCCUGAACAACAGAAGGUAUUUUGAAACACCCAGUACUUUAAAUAGAGCUUAAAAUGUAUUUAUUCAGUGACAACUGUAUAUUUAACACUUAACUUCAAGUACAUCCACUAUGUGAUGAAAUACGAAAAUACAGUUUAUUUUUAAAUCUGUAAGAGAAUAACUGUAAACUUUUAGACCAUUAAAUAUUUAUUCAAAUACAUUAAAGUAAUUUUGUCAAAAGAAUGAGGAACUUUUUCUUAACUUUUUUUCAAUCAGUUUUCCACUGUCAUAUUCAUAAAGUUUAAAAUAUUUGUACUUAAAAGUAGGGGAGAAAAUCAACUACCAUCAUAAAUUUAGUUUGAAAACAAGAUAAUUUUUUUUUAACUGCUGGCUUAAAAAACAUAAUAAUAUUCUAUAGUAACCUGGAAAUGUUUUGAUGUUAAAAAUUUAAGAAAUUUAUAUAAAGUAUAUAUUCAAAUUUCAGUUGAAAUUUAAAGGUUGAAAAUGAGCUAUCAAAUGAUUUCAAACUUGCGUGUCUUGUUAAUAUACAUUAUUUUGGUAAAGUUCCUACAUUUUGAAGGGAAGGCCUUGAUUUUUGUAACAGUAUCUGAAGGACAAAUGUUUAAUUGGAAUAUUAUAUGUGAAACUACAAGAAAGAAGACAUUGUGAAACAUCCAGUACAAGUUUUUCUUGAAGCAUAUGAUGUCAAAACUUUUAUGUACACUUUUUUUUUUAUGUACACUUAUAGAAUGUGUUCUAGAUAACAGAUAACCAAAUGUGUACAAGACUACUGAUUGUCAUGAUUUAUGCAAGGACAAUAUUGUAAGUGAAGUAUUUAUUAAUCUUACAGGUGUGAUUGUCCAAAAAUAUCAAUCACUUCUAGAUGUUCAUAUAUAAAACAUACUAAAUAGAAAAUAUUGUUUGAAAAUCACCUGGUACGUUUAUUAAUUUUUUCGCAGAAAACCUUCAGCAUAUUAGUGACACACCUACCUUGUAGUGCAGGAAGAUUUAGAUGUAUUACAGUAAAAACUUCCCCCAUUGUUUUUUACUUUAUUAGAAACUGGUAGGUUCUUGUAUAAAAGUAAUUAGUUACAUUGUUCAUAGAAAUAAUACAAGUGUUCUAAAAACAAUUUCCAAAAAUUACAUACUGAUGAAUUACUUCAUUUAAAAAACAACAAUAUAGAAUUUUUAUUGAAAGUUAUCAUUAUUUCUAUGGACAAUUUUCAGGUAAUAUUUGUUAACCUUUUGUAUUUAACAUUUGUAUGCUGGCUCAGAUAGUUUUAUUUCUGUACAUGUUGUGCAAUGUAAUUAUGAAAUGUAGUUAUCUCAGCAAUAAAUAACUUGAAAAUUCUGCCCUCAGUGAGCAAUAUAUAUAUAUAUAUAUUCCCCAACCCACUUUAUUUUCUUGUUUUUGUGACUUGUAUACUUGUAAUGACAAAUUAAAGAUACUAUAUGCUCACAGUGAAAAACGUCAAUAUUGUUUAACCAUAAAAAAAUUCAAUAUUGAUCUAAGAAAUCAGAAUCAGUAAGUUAGGUUUAAGAUGCAGUCAUCUGAUUUAUGAAUGCAGAAAGAUUUGAAACUCAUUUUCUUAUUUUAAUAACAGAUUUUGUAUUUAGACUGUUUCAUGAUUUUAUGAAUGUGUAAAUUAAAUAUAAUUUUGCUAUAAUUGCUAAAAUAUUUCUUUAAAGAGUUGGGCAAACUAUAUGUAAUGAAAGUUAGAUGGUAAUGAAAGGUGAAUUGAACACAGUAGUAUAUGCAUGUCUUGUGGAUGUAUUAUACAUUGUUUUCCAGUUGUAACAAUUCAGACUUUGUUUGUUUGUUUAUUUAAAUAUUAUAUCUUAAUGUAUAAAACAGUUUUCAUUUAACAACUAGUUUAAAGUACACAAUAUCAUGAUUUCACCAUCUCAUUAUUUUAUGUUAUUGCAUUGUAAGUUUCCAAUAAAGUCUGUUAGUGAAA